GAUUUCUAUAGAAAAGGAAUUUUCUAUAGUUUCCCCUGAUUAAGUGCAACAACCGAAAUGACAGAAGAGUUCGAAAGUGGGCGCAAAUUGCGCGCCACUGAACGGAAGAAAUACACAGAUGAAAGUAUAAGUGACGACGAACUUGAAGGAAAGAGGACUUUUGAUUUGGAAGACAAACUUACGAGCAGCAAAUAUGAUAACACAAAAUUCAUCAAAGAAAUGAAGGGGGAUGAAAUCAGUCUUAAGUACAUCCAAGAGCAUGGAUUGACUGAACCAAUUCUUGUGAAGGAGAAGACAGGGUUAGGCAUGAGGUUACCAAGUAAUAAUUUUCAAGUCAGUGAUGUGAAGCAGUGUGUUGGCAGCCGUAGAAUGGUGGAUGUGAUGGAUGUGAACACCCAGAAAGGAUUUGAAAUGUCCAUGAAAGAAUGGGUCAAAUACUAUGAAACCAAGGAGCGAGACCGCCUGCUGAAUGUCAUCAGCCUUGAGUUCAGUCACACUAGACUGGAGAACUAUGUAGAGUGUCCAGAAGUGGUAAGGGAAUUAGACUGGAUAAACUGUGUGUGGCCUAGACACCUGAAGAUAUGCCAAACAGAGAGCACUAAUGUGCUGAGUAACAUGAAGUACCCCAAAGUACAGAAGUACUGCUUGAUGAGUGUCAAAAGCUGCUACACAGAUUUCCACAUUGACUUUGGAGGGACAUCAGUGUGGUACCACAUAUUGCAUGGCUCAAAGGUGUUCUGGUUGAUCCCUCCCACAGAGAGAAAUGUUUUGCUGUAUGAGAACUGGACACUGUCUGGUAAACAGGGGGACAUGUUCUUUGCUGACCAGGUGGACAAGUGCCAGAGGAUCAAACUGGAAGCUGGAUAUACAUUUUUUAUACCAGCAGGUUGGAUCCAUGCAGUGUACACUCCUGAUGACUCUCUGGUGUUUGGUGGCAAUUUCAUCCACAGUUACAAUAUCCCUAUGCAGCUCAGGUGUAUUGAAGUAGAAGACAGGGUUCAUGUACCAGGCAAGUUCAGAUACCCUUUCUUCAAUGAAAUGUGCUGGUAUGCUUUGGAGAGGUAUGUCCACUGUGUGACGGGGAAAACAUAUUUAACAUUUAAGGAUGAGGCUGACGAAGAAAAGAAGACAAAAAGGAGUGCCACAUCAUCUCCUGAAAGAGAGAAGUCUGUGGAGAAAGAAGAAAAGAAAGCCACACCCCUGGCAAGUGAAAGCAGUAUCAGAGCAUCUCAUUCUAAACAGGAACAGCAUCAGAAUGAAGACAGUGUUAUUUCUGCCCCAAAUAGUCCUGUAAUGAGUGAACACAAUUACAUACAGAGUAGUGUUGCCACACCCCCAAAGUCUCCCAGGAAGACGUCCAGCCCAGCCUCUGUCUCAGGCUCAGUUGAUAUUAAUUUAAAAUCAGCUGUAGUUAUAUUAAAAGAUGCAAUGGCAGAAAACAAGAGUGUUAAGACAUUAUCUGGAACUCAAACUCCCAGGGAGUCACCGAAACCUGAUGCAAAUGGCAAAGAUACAGCCCCAGAGAGGAAAGGUACACCAACCAGCUUAAAGGAGUCACCUGAGUCUGUGUCUUCACAGAAGGAUGGAGAGUCAGAGAAGAAAUGUGUGAAGCAGAUUCACUUUACCCAGCUAGAGAAAGAAGGUUUGAAGCUUCUUAUUGAGUACAUAGAGAAGUUACCUCACAGCAAACGUUGUGUUCCAAAGGACAUGUCAGAUCCAAAUGGUGUGAUCAGUGCAGCUCAAAAAAUGCUCUCAGAACAUCUUAAUGAUGACCAGGCACAGGCUAUUACGGGUGAAUUAAUACUCAAGUGGCCUGAAAGUGCAAAGUAUAAGAAGCUCCUUAAAGUUCCACGGCUUGGAGGUCCAAAGACACCUAAAAUUCAUGUAUUAAAGAAAAGCGAGGCCAGUAACAUCCGACGUCGUAGAACCAGAUGCAAGAGGUGUGAGCCAUGUACUCGUGAUGACUGCCGUGAAUGCCACUUCUGUAAAGACAUGCGAAAAUAUGGAGGACCUGGACGCAUGAAACAGACUUGUGUUAGCAGGCAGUGCAUGGCACCAAUUCUGCCUCACACAUCCACUUGCAUGAUAUGUGGGAAAGACGAGCGCCUGAAGAUGGAAGGCCAGGAUGAGACCACCACCUCACUGAUGGAAUGUGGAAUAUGCUGGGAAAUUGUCCACCCUACAUGCCUGAGGCUCAAGGAAGAGAGCCUGGCUAGUGAAGGGGUGGUCAAUGAAGACCUGCCCAAUAGCUGGGAGUGCCCCAAAUGCUGUGAUGGUGGGAAGCAGGGAUUGAUCAGACCCCGAAUUCUGAAAGGUGGCCUCAAAAGAGAAAGUCGAGCACCUUCCCGUGAAGAAGAUGGGCAGGAAGAAGGAGAGACUUCUAUUAAACAAGAAACAAUGGAGGAAGGAGAUGAAACUGCUUCACCAGUGCCUAUUUCCAAUACAGAUCUAGACAAGCCAGCAGCUGUGACAGAAACCCAAGUGAAAACAAGAUCCAUGUCACCUCAGAAAAAAAUUAGACUGACUAAAGACUCAGAAAAAGACUCACCAACACAACAAAAGAAAAGUCCAGGAAGUGAUAAACCUGAGACUCAGAAAGACUUGGCUAAGCAAAAGAAGAAAAGUCAUGUAAAUGAAAAGGGUGAUGCCGAGAAAGACAAAGACCUCUCAAGACGGCAAAGGAAAAGUCCUGUGAAUGGAAAGGGUGAUGUUCAACAGAAAAAAAGCCCUACAACCCAAAAGACAGACACUCCGGAAAGUAAAAGGACCAGGAGACUUUCACCAUCUUUUGAUAGAAGCAGUAGAUCCUGUGAUGUACCAAGACGAAUUGCUCAGAAAGAUGAAAGGAGAUCACAACGAAAAGAUAGUCAAGACAAUGAAGAAGAGAAACUUGUCACUAGGGAAGGAAGAAAGAGGAAAGAAAAUACCAGAUUGAAUGAGAUGGCACCUAAAAAACGGAUGAGAGAGACCAGUCCUUUGAAAAGCAAGACUUCACCUAGUGUUCUGAAAUCAACACCAACCUCCACCUCUCCAACAGUAACAAGGAAGAGGUCACAGAGAGAAAUAGCUGCAAAUGAUAAGAAACAUGAACAGCAAAAUGCAACAGAUGAAAGUGAAGAAGAAGAAGAAGAAAGCCAACAGAUGUUGGACACACAGACAACUAGAGGACGGUAUGAUAAAAAUGUUGGAAAAACAAGUGGAAUCAUGGGAACAAGAGGUUUGAAAAACGGGUCCAAACCUGCAAGUGCAAGUCUGUCUAAAGACCCCAAAUUGAAGGUCCUUAAAGUCAUGGUCCAACGUUAUGUUGUAAGAAAUGCAUCUCUUCCUUUACUGAACAAUGUGUUAACCCAGAAUGGCACCAGUCAUGUUCUAGAUAAAGAUUUAUGGUUGAAAGUAUUCCUGUACCUGAAACCAAAGGACUUGUGUGCCUGUAUGUUGGUGUGCAAAGCCUGGAAUUGCUGGUGCUGUAGUUCCACAUUGUGGACUAGUAUUGACCUAAAUGGUGUCAAGAUCAGGCAGGUGCACCUUCAAGGCAUUGUCCGCAGACAACCAAACAAACUCAACCUCGGCUGGACCAAUGUAAACAGAAGACAACUUUUUUGGCUUAUUGGACGACUGCCUCAUCUGAAGUCGCUCAGUCUUGGAGGAAACUCUUGGUCUGCUGUCUCUGCCCUCUGCUCCUCACAAUGUCCUUAUUUGGAAGAGCUUGAUCUUCAGUGGACAGAGGGCUUGAAAGAUGGCUGUCUACAAGAUCUUCUGUCUCCUGUUGCAACCAUCCGACCAGGUGUCAACGACAAGCAAAAUCACCUUUUUGGUGUCACAAAGUUUUCCCUUGUUGGGACUGACAUCUCUGACAAUGCUGUGAAAGUCUUGCUGAAGCACAUGCCAAGGCUGAGUGAGCUGGAUCUCAGUCUGUGUGUCAGACUUACAGAUGAAGCCAUCAUGCACAUCACGGCCCAAGCCUCCCCAGUUCGGGCACACCUUGUGUCCCUGCGGAUGUCCAGCUGCCCCAAAUUGACCAGUGAGGCUUUAAACUCCUUGACCUUUUGCCCAGAAGUGAGGUGCCUUGAUUUCAGUGAUUGUAAGGGAAUCUCCAAUGUUGCCCUGAAGAAAUUUGCUGCUCUGUAUUCACAUAGAGCUUUACAAGUCACUCAGGAGAAAGUGGUGAUGGAAAACAAGUGAAUGAAAAAACAUCUAUAGACAUAUUAAACAUAUUAUUUAAUAUGGACAGGGGAAAAACAAAAACAGUUGUAUAAUUUAUGAAUAGGGUUCAUGAAAAACUAGUAUCGGAACAAUCUAGCCAUUAUUUUUAUUUUUUUUCAUUUUGAGUCCUCUGUUGACCAGAAUGAGAUUGGCAGGUAGGCUCCAGGGAGUGAGAGAAACCAAUUUGUUCCGUCUUCCUUAGAAACAAAAGACAUCUUUUCCGAAAUUUUUGGGUAAUUGCAACAUGUGAGCCUGUAUAAUUAUUCUUGUUUGUAUGUUUGUGCAUGCUUGUAGUCCUUAGUAUGAUAGUACAGAGUUAUGAAAUAAAAGUGGUUAAAAUGUAGAAGGAAAUAAUUGGUGAAACAAAGCAGAUGCAUGAGGUAUGUGUCUGCUGUCUUUAUUUUUGGUUUUCAUUAUGAAUGAUUUCAAUCUUGAAUGUGGUAAUAGAAAUUGUACUACAAAAAUUUGACACUUCUUUGUUCAUUAAUUUCAGUUAAUUGUGUAAUCUAGGUGACUAUAAAUGAAACUUUGGCAUGCAUAUACCAGUAUUAUGAUUAAUGUUUUUCAAUAUAGUUAAAUGAUAAGUAUCUCAUAACACUUUGUUAAAAAAGUUAUUGUUUUAUUUAAUUUGAAAGUAAAAACUAAAGAUGGAUAUAAAUAAUUGAAAAUAUUUUUGAAGAUGUUUUUGUGAUAUCUAAAUGCUGGUCUCAAACCCAUAUUUUUUCACUAUUUCAGCCCAAAUCUGUAAGUUAGUUCUGUUUGGACUUCAAAUUUGAGGUGAACCAUUUUCAUAAAUUGGAAGACACUCCUUACUAUAAAUAGUUGAUCUGUAUUUUAAACGGUCUUUUACCACUUCAUUUCUGUACUAAUUCAUAAUUAUUCAGGAGGGAUAGGAGCAAAAUAGUACGCAUGUUUGCCCUCCACCCAUAUAAAAAUCUCCAGCCUGCUGGAGCAGAUGUACAGUGGUUUUGAAAUUGUGCAAACAUUCUUUUUAGUUGCGUAUAUACACUGGAACAAGGGCAAGGGUGUAUAUAUGUCUGUUAAUAAACGGUAUGUAUUUGUUCUUCCUGGUUUGUAGGCAACCUUUUGCUAAUGUAUCCUGGUGAAUCCAGGAGCGUUUGCAAUUUUGGUGGGAUUUUUAUUUAUUUAUUUAUUUAUUUAUUUAUUAUUAUCUUUUUUUUUGUAAUUGGGUGUCGUUUCAUUUUGUAAGUGAAAAAAUGAAUAGAUGUCGCUCUUUUAGUACAAUGUCAAAACUAAUAAAUUGUUUUUCAAAUCAAUUCUUCAAAAUAAAUCACAUGGAGUUGUUGAAAAACCAUGCAGAACUCAAUCAAAGGACGAAGGCUUGUCCUGUUGUAACCAAUAAAGAUAAAAUAGACCUUUUAUAUAAUGUUUGAUAAGAAAUAAGGACAGUCUUCUCAGACGUGAGUCUACGUUGGAAGAUUUUUUUUAGGCACCAAGUUUGAAUUUGAAAAAUCAUUUUAAAAAUCCCAAACAUUAAAUUCAAUUUUAUUUGAACAGAAUAUAUUUUGUUUUCUAAAGUUUCUUAGAGUAUUACAUAUUUUGAACAAAAGUUAAGUGGGCAAAAAUAUGCAGCCCAAACAACCAAAAGACUAUCCCAAAACAAUUUCAGUUAAAAGUGCGAUUUUGCUGUUUGAAUUUAUAUGAUUAAUAUAAACCUAGCAUGUUGAAUCCUUUUUCACUGGUGAACACAAGGCCUACGUCAUUAAUAAUAAUGUGCUUCCUAUAUCUUCGGUGGUGAGGGUGAGCCUACUGGUGUUCCCUGAAUUUAUAAUUUGGUGUUGGUUUUUUUUUUUUUUUUUUGGUUACAAGUAAAAAAGAUGUUCCUUUACCACUGAUUUAAAUUAAUUACUGAUGUUUAAUUGCAUAUAUCAUUAGUUGUGUUGCUUUAAUAUUAGCUAAAAUGACUUACAGCUAUUGUUAUGGCAAAUUUGCUUUAUUUUCAAACAAAUGUUGUUAUCGUUUUUAUGAGCCAGGAUCACUCUUGUUUUACUAGAAUCAUUUGAUGGAUUUUUUUUGUUAAUUGCCUUGAGAAAAUGGAGGUAGUUAUGAGACAAAUUUGUGAGAUUCAUAGAUUGUCAGUCAAGUUUUCUUGGCAUUACGCCAGUUUAUUUUGGUUCAUAUCUGAUCAGUUAUCUACUGAUACUUUUUCAUUUUAGAAAUUAGAGUAGAAGACUGUUUUUGUAGCAAACUAGUUAAUUUUAGACAGUAUAAAAUCUGUAUUGUUUUAGCCUCAAAAAGUUGUAGAUUUAUUAGAAUUUGUUUAAAAGAAAAACUGACCAAAAGGUGCUGAUUUGCAAAUAGACAUUCCUAUUUUUCUAAUGUUCAUAGGUUUGGAUGGUUAAUUACCGGGUUAUAUAUAUCAUAUAGCAACUGAUUAAAACCGAGUAGCUGUCUUAAGCUGCAAGUUAACGUUGGCAGAGGUUCUGUUCUCAUUGCUAUUUUAUUCUUUAAGUGUAAAACGUUUUAAGUUUUAAGUUUCCAAGAACAGACACUUGCAUGCAAUACAUGUACCUCAAUUUAAGCCCGAAGCGCAUAGCUCUGACCCCGAGCUUGGAGAGAUCACAUUGGGACGAGUGCCCCAAAAAACCUGUGUGCUGAUUAAAAAUGAGAACAGCUCAACUGUAAACGUGAUGUAUCUGAUUACAUGUAUUAUGUUGAGUUUCGGAAAUAAAACUUUGUCUCCUUUGAUUUAAAGA